AUGUCGCACACCGAAAACAUCACCAUUGAGAACAAAGCCGGUUCCGUCGGCGAAGGCGGCCACAAUUCCAAGUACGCCUACGGCCCCUGGGAGAAGUUGAAGUUUGAGAUCAGCGUGGAGGGGGAAGAACCCUUUACAGAUGACGCCAUCUACCACUUUGUCGAUGACAAGGAUGCCGAGCCUGGUGAUGAUGCUCGGAAGUCUGAAGCAGAGGUUCAGGGCGUAGAUGAGUCUGCUGUGAGUAUCACCAGUCUUACUCGCUACCAGAGUGUACCCGGCACAGAAGACGACGAGCAGACUUGGAAGGCACUGUCUUAUGUUACCGGCGGCGCUCCUGAAGAAAUCAAGAUCACCAACUGGAGCCAGCUCUGCAUCUGUGAAAAGCCAGAUUGCACUCUUCGACUAGUGCCUACGGAAUUAGCUGAGUACAUCAUCGAAGACAUUUCCCGAGAUAUGUCGGUUGCCGAAGUGUGA